CUGUGCUCACGAGUGGAAGAGGGGACGGAAGGAGGCGUGCAGAACGGUGAAGAACAAUCCUGCGUACGUCGUUCGGUGCGACAAUGUAACGAGACGGGGUGAAGUCAGCGGUAGUGUGUGAUACUGUGCGCGUUUUAACUUCGACUACCGGCUUGCGUUGACCGAGGACCUUGCAGCCUUGACGUCGACGCCCUCUCCGCGGGAUUAUGCAGAGAGGGUUUAUGGACUUCUGGGAUUCAGGAUGUGGAGGACUUUGAAGGGAGCUCUCGCCGUCAUGGCGGGCGGUGUGUGUUCUUGCUGCUUGCUUCCGUUCCUGGCAAUCAUUUUUCCACUCGUUAGUUUGGCCGUUCUGGUGGUCGGUUCGAUGGCUGUGCCCAUUGCCAUCCCGGUCUUUGUGUUUCAGUGUCUAUACGAGUUGAAGAGAGAGUGGAAUGUGAGGCGGCGACAGACGAAGAUGCAAUCUGUGGCUGGGGCUGUAGAUGAGGAGAAGUUUGUCCUACGAGGCAGCGAGGAGGAUCUGGAGAACGAGGAGAAGUCCAGUAUGUUACCGGGCAAAGACGAGGGGGAGAAUCAGGACGAGAUAUGGAGAGGGAGGGAAUCGGUCGCAAAGCUAACGAAGAGUGACGCUUUCAUUCGCGCGGAAGGUGUUGAUGAUGGACUGGUACAACCCCUUCCCGCCAAACUCUCACCACCAAGUAUCUUUUCUCCCCCUGAGAUAGGAGGGCAAGGGAGGAGCGAGGAGGAGGAGGAGGAGGAGGAGGAGGAGGAGGUCAUCCCUCCUUCUCCUUCCCCCUCUGUUCUUCGUUCGCGUACGGAGGAGGAGGAGGAGGAGAAGGAGGUCGUCUCUCCCUCUCCUUCCCCCUCUCCUCUGCGUUCACGUACGGAGGAGGAGGAGGAGGAGGAGGAGGACUCGUGGACGGCUCAGCUUGAGAAACCUUUAAGGCGGGAUGUUGGCACAGAACGCGAUUUGACGGCGAUUAAGCGCUUGAUCGGGGAAAGGGCGAUUGACAAGGCACUGAGGAGUAAGUCUGCUAAAUUCAGUCUUUUAGAAGAGGUCUAUGUCAUUGGCGCCAUCGUGGGAAUCGAUCUCGCGCCAAUUUCUUGGGUCAACGUAUCGGAGGAGCAGAAAGCAAAAGCAGGGCUGCGGUUGAUCAAGCUAAUUCUCGGACUAGAGGAAGGUCGCCGUGGGAAGUUGAAGAAGAAUGUUUGAGGUGAACCGCUCGCUGGGAAAGUAUGAUAUGCUUAUACCUCCACUUACUCGCAUGGAUGUGACCCGAAUGUUGACCACAUUCCGUCGCACAGAUUCGGCAGCAGUGGGAGUCUGGCCCUACUGCGCUCACCUUUUUGACUCCCUGAAGUUAUCAAUUGGCGCCAUGGUAAGUCGCCCAAAGAUAGAUAGAUGGGUAGAUCUGCUCUGUUUAUGAACGCAGGCGGGGGUCUGCUAUCAAAUUCGUCGACCAGAUUCCGUCGCACAGACUCGGCAGUGGGGGUCUGGCCCUACUGCGCUCACCUUGUUGACUCCCUGAAGUUAGCGAUUGGCGCCAUGGUAAGUAGCACAAAGGUAGAUAGAUGCUCUGUUUACGAACGCAGGCGGGCGCUUCGUUCCGUUUGUUUUUUUUUUUUUUUUUUACACCUUCAUAGAAUGUCGACCGAGCAGGGAAGUCGCCGACCGAAGCAUGGUAGGUUUGGCGCGCUUUGGGGUCAUAGAUGCAGAAGAACUACGAGGCCAGAGAGGUCUGACAGUGGCUGCCUCGUCUGAGGUUCUCCGCCUCGCCGAGUCGAACAGGAUAAUUUACCGAUAUUACCAGCGAUGGCACGACUUUGACCGAAUCUUGCUGUAAUUUACGGUCAGAUGGCGUGUGCAUUUGGGGGCGGUGCUUUUCUGUGGGAAUCGUCACCUGGGAUUGUCUUUUAUGUUUUGUUGGACAUCCUUCAGCGCAGACGGCGGCAGUCGCAAUAGAUUGAUUCUUUUUUUUGCAGGCGAGGUGCUUUGAUAUCCUGGUUGGUCUUGUCCCGUCGUUUGGCCUGUGAUGUGGGGGCGGUGCUUACAUGUGGGACUUGUCAUCUAGGAUUAGGAUUUGUUUCCCCUGUUUUUUUGUGUUCGGCUGUUUUCUCUUGUCUUUGCCUCUUUGCCCUUUGGCUGUGUGCAAGUGGGUCGAUAUGAUUCACGGGGGUGAGGGCAGCCGCCGCUUAACCUACAUCCACGUGGGCGGCCUUGUACGCAAGAGGUUCUGAACAGAGGGAGUUGUAAGGGAGAAGAUGAAAAAACGAAUUCAUUUUUCCCUUGUUUUCUCUGUUUUUUUCGCUUUUGCCCUCUGUUAUUCUUGUGACAAUAUAUACAGCCCCUCGUUUGUUGUCCUCUCCUCCCUGUGCCUACGGUUUACCGAUUCAGCCUCCUGACGAGUGGGUGAAACUCUGACGAAACAGUUUGUCGCAGCCCCUCGUUUGUUGUCGUCUUCUCCCUCCCUCCCUCUGCUUACUGUUUACCGGGCAGCGCUGUUAUAUUGUCACAGCCCCUCGUUUGUUGUCCUCUUCUCUCUCUCUGCCUACGGUUUACCGGGCAGUUCUGUUUGUGACGAUAUAUUGUUACACUGUGAAUAUUGACGAUAUACAAUACAUAUAUAUCGUCAAUACAGAGUAUAUUUGUAUACACACACACACACACACACACACACAAGAGUGUUGUUCGCUUAUUAACUCGUAAUAAGCAGGACUGUGGCGAGCAGACUGUUUUCGUCGGACACACACACACACACGCACACACAUAUAUAUAGAUAGAUAGAUAUAUAGAUAGAUGGAUAGAUAGAUAUGUUUUACGGAGAAGAUCCUGCUCAGAACAGACAGGCGGCAUCAAUAAUGCGAAGGAAGGAAUAUACUUCGUGAAGAUGAAGAUAUGAUCACGAUGGCGAUAGUGCCGUGCACGAAUGUGACUGCAAUCACGUGCAGAGCUUCGAAAAGAAAAUCUCUUAGUGCGAGUAUCCCUUCAGAUCCGUUGGAGAGUGUUGUCAAUGAUACUGCGGCCUAUAGGUUUGUCCUCUGAGAAGGGUGAGUAUGCUCUCAGGUAAUGGUUUUUCUCUUUUUUCUUUUUACUUCGGUCGGGGAGGGCACUUGAAGGACAGGUAACGGUUUCUAAAAAGAUGGUGAUGUAAUUGGCGAGAGAAUGAAAGCUGCCUCCUGUA